AAUUGACAGUGAACCUAUGUAGGUGGUGAAAACUUCUACUCACCGCUUGACAAUUCUGCCCGUUUUAUUAUCUCCCACCUUUCUGUCGCUUCACCUGUAUAUCCGAUGUACUGCAAGGCGCCGGCGCCAGUAACAACAUGGGUCGCCGGCCCAAUCCCUUGAUCCUCGAGUUCUUCGAGAGAGGUGCCAAACUGAAUGACAAUAGCAACCGUUACCACCACCGCUGCAAGGCCUGUGGCGAGGACUUUCCCAAGGGCCGCAUUGACAGCCUUACAAACCACCUCACCAAGAAAUGCCCUGCCAUAUCUGAGGCCGAGCGCAUCAAUGCCUGCCUGGCCCUUCACGGCAUCAAUAACGCAUCUGGCCGUCCCAAAUAUGAUGGGCUUUUGCACUCUGGUCCCAACAUGGGCCCCAAUACCAGUCAUGCCACUGGUGUCGAUACUGGGUUUUCUCUAGGUCAAACUGCUAGCCAAGCCACUGAGAUGUCACAUAACCACCUCCAGUCUCAGGCUCAGAACCAGAUCUGGACCCCCUUGGAAACAUUGGCUGAGGUAUCUCGACAAAUCGAAGCCAACGAAAAGCAUGAUGAUCACAGUGCGAUUAGUACCCACGAUCCUACAACAGAGGCCGUGCAGACUACAUUAGCUGCGGCCAUUCCCAACAUCACGUCCUCUGGAUCUAAUGCCUUCGAGUUGCAAGAACAAUUCACUCUAGAAAACCCACCGAUGAGCUAUAAUAACCAGCCUCAACAAGAGAAGAAAGAUGCGACACCUCAGAGAGCACCCGAAUAUGUUCAUCAUGAACUCUCUGCUGAAGAACAGAGGAUUCAUCAACUUUUGCAAUCCCCUGGGUCCCUUGGAUCUCCAUCGCAAACUGCCCUCUCAGUUGCCGCCGCCGCUGCAACGGCUCGACUCACUUCAUCUCUGCUGGAUCCUCAACUGCUUAGCGAUGCAGCCAUCGCUGAGCAAAUUGCCCAGGCAGCUCCGUCCACCGAUAUGAUAGUUGACUACCCAGAGCCGGAAAGAGAACAACUCACCCAAGUUGCCCAGAUCAGUCAGGCAGCUCAAGUUACGCCACCACCACCUCCUCCCGUGAGUGCUGCUGAACCAGUAGCACCAUGGCAUGGUAUGACCUACAUGUCUGAGGAUAUCCAUGGUCCAGCCACCGUCACUGAUCAUGGCCAUCAAAUGGGACCUAACCUCAAAGGUGGUUACCGUAUGAAUACUACCACCAGCCCUGAUGGUCGCCAGAAGCACAGCCGCGCGAAGUUUGACAAAGAGCGCCGAAUCGAAGUGCAAGAGGUACGUCGAAUUGGUGCAUGCAUCCGGUGUCGUAUUCUGCGCAAGGUGUGUUCCAAAGGUACACCAUGCGAUACCUGCAAAAAAGUACUAUCACCUCGUGUGUGGAGAACUGGUUGUGUCCGAACCAAGCUUUCCGAGUUUAUCGACCUAUAUUCCGCCGGGGUACAGGUGGUCAUGGCUCAAAAGCGGAUCAAUGGCUACAAGACAUCGUAUGAUUUACAGAAUACUGGUGUCGUGGUAGAGGCCUCUCAUUUCCCCGAAUCUGGACAUACCGUCACAUUCCAGGUAUUCCAAGGUUACCCUAGAGAAGAACUUGAAGAGACUCUGAAGUUAAACCCUCACCCUCCUGUCAUACUGCUUGAUAAUGACAGGGAAGACAUCCCGGGGAAAGUCGAGGCCUACAUGCGCAACAUGUUGCCAGAAUACAUCACACAUGAGCCGUCACCGCACGUUCGGGUUACAUUGCAGAUUGCAGACCAAAUUGCUAAGGAGACCAAUGACGAACUCUUGAAACGGUCGCUUGAGCUUUGGGGAAUUGUAGAAAUGAUGGAUCGGGAACGGCAAUGGACGAUGCUGGCUAAGUCACCUCAGCCCGAAGUCGAAGAUCACUGGAUCAAAGACGAUACAGAGAGUGAGGCCUACAGCAAUAUCUGCAUGCAGCUUACUGCUGCCGCUGAGCGCAAAGCAUCUCUGGCUAGCAGGAACCUGUUAAAUGGAAUUCAGCGGAGCUUGCAAGACGGCAAGACAAGGCUCGGAUUCCCUAUGUUCCUUACAGUCAUGCUCUUUCUUAAUUGUUUAGAAAAGACUACGUGGGCUUUCAAAGCUUGGGAUCAGGAGAACUUGCGCCCAAAGUGGCCCCUGGAGCGACCACCUGGCAGUUACACCAACCAAGGGCACGGCCUUACCGAGCUGUUGAGAAUGCUUCUUGUGAUUCGCCACGUUCUUCCGAAGACUGUUCAGUCCGAUCCUGAUGUGCCUAUUGUAGCCGAAGGAGAGGGACCCGAGGUCAAAAAGUAUUUUCAGGACCUUAAUGUCACUCCUCGUUAUCUUCGAAUUCGAUACCAUGAUAAUAACUUCCAGCCAACUGAUUCUCGAUCUUUAGAGUUCUUGUUUUGCGCUCAGCUUCUUCUUCACGCCCCGCCUCCCCAUGCCGAGCUUCAUCCUUUGUCUCGUGGAGGCCUCCAGGAGACCCAGCAGGAAACCCAUCAAGAAGUGCCGCAAGAAGUGUCUCAAGAAGUGCCUCAAGUUGCUUCACAAGACAUGCCUGAGGCAACUUCUCAAGAGAUCACUCAAGACGCCUAGUCAUCGUCAACUGCUCAAGAGAAAAUUCAAGUGUUCCCAGCAGUAUCUCAGACCGACGAUGCGGCUCUCACUCAGUGGCUGUUCAGCUACUAGAUGUUUCCGAUCAAGUUCCCACAAAUAUGGGCCCCUUCUUAUCCGGGAUUCUCAUGAAGCCCUUCGGCAUGCCUUAUGAAUUUGAUGUAUGAUACCACGAGAUUCCUGCGCCUCUCCGGCGCAAUUAUAUAAACAUAACACACGAGCUAGAACUGCUCGAUACGGCCGUAAUAGACCAUUGGUCAGGAAAACCAUAGAACGGAUAGAUAAAAAAUCUGUGCGAAACAGACAUAAAAUGAAACGGAUAUGGAAACGGGCUAUGACAAGAGAUGAUAUUACUAUACUAUACAUGUCUCGCGACACUUAUGCUCGGUAUAUAGGGACGGAAAGAAAAAAAAAAGGUUCUUCCCUUCUCCUGUUCAUGUGGCUAAAGGCGUUUUUUUCACGGUUGGAAUGGAACAGGAAUGAAGAUGUUCACGUGUGAUUUCUUCUGAUCUCAUUUCCUGUUUCCAGGGACUAUGUACCUAUUCCCGACGGGAUCUCUGUUCUCCCCUUUUCUUUCGUUCUUUGCUAGCACUGAGAUGGAUUGCUAGACCCUUACAUAGAUGCGAACGGAUAUAUGCGAUAUAGAAUACUAAGGAGAGAGGCCUUGUUCGCUUUCUUG